AUGCUAUCGUUGCUUGCAAGCUACGCGCUGAGCGCCGCACCGAACGGACCUCUCGGGGGGCGGGGCGGUAGCCUUUCUUCACAUCGGAGUUUUGUUGCAUCCAGUAGAGCCAGCUCGAGAAUCCGAACUAGCGGCCGCAUCAUCGCAGCAGGCGAGAAUCCGAACCCGUUCUCCGCCUUCCUAGCCUCGCUCGCGCCGGCCGACGACGAGUACAACUCGUCGCCAACCCGCGACGCUCGGCUCACGGAGCAGCAGAAGAUCGCAGAGUCGAAGCGAGCGGAGCGGCAGGACGCCAAUGCACAGCAGCAGCAGCAGAAGGCCGCACCAGCGCCGCCUCGCAACCCGUUCGAGACGCUCGUGAAGGCCUUCACGCCGAUUGAGGUUGACCGCGACGGCAACCCGGUCGAGCCGGCGCCGCAAGCUGCAGACGACCGCGACGUCGGCGAGCGCCUCUUCGGCCUCUUCUUCGGAGAGCCAGAGGCAGGCGUCACGUCUGGCAUUGCGCGCACCUCUGGCGCGAGAUACGAGGGAGAGAGCCGCGCGCGCGCAGUAGAGAGCGGCGCGCCGGAUACGUACCCUGCGACCAAGACAGAGUUCGCCGAGCCCGUCGCCGGCGACGACGCCGAGAUGGCGCUCCUCCGGCCGCUUCUCAAAAACACGAACCUCGAGUACCUCGACCUCAAGCGCGUGUACGACGCGCAGGCCGACGGCUGGACGGCAGACGCCUUCCACGCGGGCGCGCGCGCACACACGCACCGGGCCUCCGGCGCCAACUACAGGGGCCCGUGCGUCGUCUUUUGCAAGACGCGCGGCGGUGCCGUCUGCGGCGGGUACGCGCCCAAGGGCUUCGCGGGCUAUGGCGAGUACCGAGGCAGCAUCGCCGCCUUCCUCUUCUCCUGGCCGAGCGGCGACACCGCCCGUCCCGCAAUCAAGCUGCAGAAGAUUGGCGGCGCCGGCCUCGCGACGAUCGACGAGCCGGAGACGGGCCCGCGCUUUGGCGCCGAGGGGCUCACCGCGAUGAUGAACCCGGGCAGCGAGCGGCUCGUCUCGUCCAAGCUCGGGCCGUACUACGAGUGCCUCCCGGACGGCAGCCGCUCGCUCUUUGGCGCCAAGCCCUCGUCGGACGAGCUGAGCGAGCUCCGCGUGUACGCCGGCUGCUGGCCGGAGGGUGAGCGCAUACCUUUCGACGGCGCCAUCCCUUUCGCCAUCGAGUGACGGUGGCUCUGAGGAGGCACAAAAGGGGGAAGUCAGCCACACCCCACGAAAGAAAGAAAGUGAAAGGCAAAAAUCAUACGAAACCCGGAGCGCGGAUAGCUAACCCUCGUCGAGAGCCUCAUACCUCUUGUCUCGUACUCCGUCCAGAGCACAUACUGCCCAUUUUCUUCUUCUGUAAAAUUCUAAGGG